AUGUCUGCACCGCCAGGCACGGACAAGAACACCCCACAACCACCGGACGACGUCGCCGUGUCAGCACUCGAGCCGACGUACAGUCGCGACGAAAGUUCGCCAGAGGAUCUCGACGAACUGAGACAGAAACAACAUGAAGAUGGCGAGAGCUCUUCCGGUCUCGGCACGGCUUUCACCGAGAAGCACGACACAACCCACGGGGCGGACCCAGGGUUGCAGAGCGACAGCAACUCGUCCGCGCAUGAUGUCGAGGCCAUCACCAGACCCAGCCGUCUAGAGCAGACGAAAAGCUAUGCGACCGACCGGAGCGCCGUGUCCGCCAGGGUUCCGGUGCCUCACAAGCCUGUCGACCGCCCCUGGUACAGGAAGCUGAACCCCUUGCGAUGGGGCGGCAUUCCUCCGCUGCCCGAGGAGCGCGAGGUCUCGCGCGAGGCCAAGGCUGGUUUCUGGAGCCGAUUGACAUUUAGCUGGAUGACACCUCUGAUGACGACCGGCUACAAACGCCAGCUGGAGCAAGGUGACAUCUGGAGCGUGAACCCGGCCCGAGGCGCUGAUCCUUUGACGGCCAAAUUCCGCGAGAGCUUCCACCACCACGUGCAAAAGGGCGACAUGCAUCCGCUGUGGAAGGCCCUGCACGAGACCUUUUUCUGGGAGUUCUGGAUUGGCGGUCUUGCCGCGCUCCUCGCGACGAUUCUCCAGGUCACCGCCCCAUUUGUGCUGCGCUAUCUCAUCCAGUUCGCGACAGAUGCCUGGAUCGCCCAGCGCAGCGAUCGCGAAGCGCCCCCAAUCGGCAAUGGCAUCGGCCUCACCAUUGGCGUGACGGUCAUGCAGAUACUCCAGAGUCUGGGCAUCAACCACUUCAUCUUCAAUGGCAUGAUGGUGGGCGGGCAGGCCAGAGGUGUGCUCAUUGGUGCCAUCUACGAGAAAGCCAUGGUCCUCUCUGGUCGCGCUCGCGCCGGUGACUCGGGGAAGAAUCUGCUCGCUGCUGCGGCCGAAAAGGACGAGGCCAGGAAAGACAAAAAGGGCAAAGGGAAGAAGGUUCAGCAGCCAGAGUCGGACGGUCUGGGCUGGGGCAAUGGCCGCAUCGUCAACCUCAUGAGUGUUGACACCUACCGCAUCGACCAGGCGUCCGCCAUGUUCCACAUGAUCUGGACCUCCCCCGUGGCUCUGCUCAUCACCCUGGCCUUGCUCCUCGUCAACUUGUCCUACAAUGCCCUCGCUGGUUUCGGUCUCCUCGUCAUUGGAGCGCCCUUGCUGACCAUGGCGAUUCGAAGCCUGUUCCGCCGGCGCAAGGCCAUCAACAAGAUCACGGAUCAGCGUGUCUCCCUCACACAGGAGAUCAUUCAGUCCGUCCGCUUCGUCAAAUUCUUUGGUUGGGAGGAAGCCUUCAUGAAACGCCUGGCCGAGUAUCGUGGCAAGGAGAUUCACGCCAUUCAGAUUCUGUUGGCGAUUCGAAACGCCAUCAACGCCGUUGGUAUGUCGUUGCCCAUCUUCGCUUCGAUGCUUUCCUUCAUUUCGUACUCCUUGACCAACCCCAACCUGCCGGCCGCCGAGAUCUUCUCGUCUCUGGCCUUGUUCAAUGGUCUGCGUAUUCCCCUCAACAUCAUGCCGCUCGUGCUUGGCCAAGCCAUUGAUGCCUGGUCGUCCAUGAAGCGAAUCCAAGAGUUCCUGGUGGAGGAGGAGCAGGAGGAUACUUUUAUCACCGAUUAUGAUUCCAAGCAUGCCAUCAAGCUCGACCAUGCCUCCUUCACGUGGGAGAAGAGCCCCGUCCAGGACACCGACGAGAAGACCGAGAAGGACAAGAAGAAGGGCACCCCUGCCAAAACGAGCGGGAAGGCCGCUUCCAAGUCCCAGGCGGCAGCCGGUAACGGUGACGGGCGGCCUGGAUCCUCUGGCGAGGAGAGCACCCUGAACGAAGAACGAGAGCCAUUCAAGCUGCAAGACUUGAACCUUGCCGUGGAACGCAACGAGCUAAUCGCCGUCAUCGGUGGCGUCGGCAGCGGCAAGAGUUCACUUCUCGGUGCAUUGGCGAGCGAUAUGCGGAAGACUGGCGGCGAUGUCACCUUUGGUGCGUCCAAGGCCUUCUGCCCUCAAUACGCGUGGAUCCAGAACACGAUCGUCCGCAACAACAUCAUCUUCGGCAAGCCGCUGAACAGGGCCUGGUACCAGAGGGUCGUCGAGGCUUGCGCUCUCGCAGCUGAUCUGGAGAUGCUGCCCAACGGUGACCAGACCGAAAUUGGUGAGCGUGGCAUCACCAUCUCUGGUGGUCAGAAGCAACGUCUGAACAUUGCUCGCGCCAUCUACUUCGACUCGGACAUUAUCCUCAUGGACGACCCUCUCUCUGCUGUCGACGCCCACGUUGGUCGCCACAUUUUCGAUAACGCCAUCCUUGGUCUCCUGGGCGACAAGUGCCGUAUCCUGGCUACGCAUCAGCUCUGGGUCCUGAACCGCUGUGACCGCAUUGUCUGGAUGGAGAACGGCAAAAUCCAGGCCGUCGACACCUUUGAGGCGCUGAUGCGCGACCACAAGGGUUUCCAGGUCCUGAUGGAGACCACCGCGGUGGAGAAGAAGGAGGACAAGAAGGCCGAUGAGGAGGAGGAGGACGCUGACGAGGGCGAGAAGAAGACCAAGAAGAAGGGCGGCGCCCUCAUGCAGCAGGAAGAGCGCGCCCAGGCCAGCGUGCCCUGGUCCGUGUAUGCGGCGUACGCCCGCGCCUCGGGCUCCAUCUGGAACGCCCCGUUUGCCGUCUUCCUGCUGCUCCUAUCCCAGGGAGCCAACAUCAUCACCUCGCUCUGGCUCUCCUACUGGACGUCGGACAAGUUCGGCCUCAACAACGGCACCUACAUUGGCAUCUACGCCGCCCUCGGCGCCUCGCAGGCCAUCCUCAUGUACGCCUUCUCCGUCUACCUGUCCGUCAUCGGCACCACCGCGUCCAAGAUCAUGCUGCGCGACGCCGUCACGCGCGUGCUCCGCGCCCCCAUGGCCUUCUUCGACACCACGCCCCUCGGCCGCAUCACGAACCGCUUCUCCCGUGACGUCGACGUCAUGGACAACAACCUGACGGAUGCCAUCCGCAUGUACUCCUUCACCAUCGCCAUGGUCACCUCCAUCUUUGCCCUCAUCAUCGCCUUCUUCCACUUCUUCGCCGUCGCCCUCGUGCCCCUGUACAUCCUCUUCGUUCUGGCCGCCUCCUACUACCGCGCCUCAGCGCGCGAGGUCAAGCGCUACGAGUCUGUCCUGCGGUCGCACGUCUUUGCCAAGUUUGGCGAGGGCCUCAGCGGCGUCGCCUCCAUCAAGGCCUACGGGCUCAAGCAGCGUUUCGUCACCGAGCUCCGCGCCUCCAUUGACGAGAUGAACGCAGCGUACUACCUCACCUUUUCGAACCAGCGCUGGCUCUCCAUCCGUGUCGACUGCAUCGGCAACGCCCUGGUCUUCACCGUCGGCAUCCUCGUCGUCACCUCGCGCUUCGACGUCAACCCAGCCAUUGCGGGCCUCGUCUUGUCCUACAUCCUGGCCAUUGUCCAGAUGCUCCAGUUUGGUGUGCGUCAGCUGGCCGAGGUGGAGAACGGCAUGAACGCCGUCGAGCGUCUGCGCUACUACGGAACCUCCCUCGAGGAGGAGGCGCCGCUGCACACCGUCGAGGUCCGCCCCUCCUGGCCCGAAAAGGGCGAGAUCAUCUUUGAAAAUGUCGAGAUGCGCUACCGCGAGAACCUCCCGCUCGUGCUGUCCGGUCUGUCGAUGCACGUCCGUGGCGGCGAGCGCAUCGGCAUCGUCGGACGCACCGGCGCCGGCAAGUCCUCCAUUAUGAGCACGCUCUUCCGUCUGGUCGAGAUCUCGGGGGGCUGCAUCACCAUUGAUGGCCUCAACAUCUCCACCAUUGGUCUCGCCGAUCUGCGGUCACGCCUGGCCAUCAUCCCGCAAGACCCAACGCUGUUCCGGGGAACCGUCCGCACCAACCUGGACCCCUUCAACGAGCACACGGACCUCGAGCUCUGGUCGGCCCUCCGCCAGGCUGAUCUCAUCCCCGCCGACCACGCGGCCCUGCCCAACCCGACCGAGCAGGUCAGUGACGAGGCCAAGGAUAUAUCCCGCAUCGGUCUCGACACUACCGUCGAAGAGGAUGGUCUCAACUUCUCCCUCGGCCAGCGCCAGCUCAUGGCUCUCGCGCGUGCCCUGGUCCGCGGCUCCCAGAUCAUCGUCUGCGACGAGGCCACUUCCUCCGUCGACAUGGAGACCGACGCCAAGAUCCAGAACACUAUCGCCACGGGCUUCCGCGGAAAGACCCUGCUGUGCAUCGCGCAUCGUCUGCGGACCAUUGUCGGCUACGACCGCAUCUGCGUCAUGGACGCGGGCCGGAUCGCCGAGCUGGACAGCCCCCUCGAGCUGUGGAAGAAGGAGGGUGGUAUCUUCCGAGGCAUGUGUGAGCGAAGCGGCAUCCGCUUGGAAGAUAUCAAGGGGGCCCGUGAGGAGAUGAUGGGUUUUGACGGCGCGGCCGCCAGUUCCUCUGCCAGCGGCACCACCUGA